AUGUUUAAUCCAAAAAUCCUUUACAGCUACAUAAGACAGAUCACACGGAACAAAGAUCCUGUCCCACUGCUGCGAACGGCUGAGGGUGUGGAAAUCUCCGAUGACAAGGAUAAGGCUGAACAUCUCUCUCAGUUCUUCCGAUCAGUCGUGACAAGUGAACCUGCUUUUUCCUCACCCGCUUAUGAAGACGAAGAAACGCCUACCCUCGAAGCCGUUUUCUUCACCGAAACAAUUGUUCGGAAUGAGUUACUACACCUAAAAGAAUCUACCUCCCCAGGCCCUGAUGCAAUCCCGGCCAAGCUGCUGAAGGAGCUAGCUCCCGAAAUGUCCCAGCCGUUAGCCUUGAUCUUUCAAACGUCAUUCGUUACUGGAUGCCUGCCCUCUGACUGGAAGUCCGCUACCAUCACUCCGCUUUUUAAGAGUGGAAGUCGUGCGUCUGCGAAUAACUACAGGCCAGUGAGUCUUACGUCCAUCUGCUGCAAAAUCAUGGAGAAGAUCAUUUUGAAGGCCUUGGUGCAGUUCCUCGAGCAGCACCAUCUCCUUUCCGAUGCCCAACACGGCUUUCGACGUGGUAGGUCCUGCCUCACGAAUCUGCUCUUUACGCUUGAACGCUGGACCAAAGCACGUGAUGAAGGCAAUGUGGUGCACGCCAUCUACAUCGACUUCAAAAAGGCUUUCGACAGCGUUCCUCCCCAACGUCCCUUGUACAAACUGCGCAACGCUGGAAUUCUUGGACGCCUUCUUGUAUGGAUCCAGAGCUUUUUGGCUGGACGGUCCCAAAGAGUGCAGGUCGGGCGUCAACAGUCCUCAGAUGUAAGCGUGGUAAGUGGCGUCCCAUAG